AUGGGCUAUUUUUCAGGACUUUUCUAUGAGGGAACACAACACAGCCAGAAACUGUUGAGGUGUGGGGCCUUUGUGGAGCAAUUGUGUUUCAGUGCAGACUUUCAGCAGCACCAGGAUCAGCACAUGGGAGAGAAACCCUUCAGAAGCAGUGUGGACAGGGCCUCAUUUGUGAAGAGCUGCAGAUUCCAUAUGUCAGGGAACACUUUUCCUUGGGGGGAGGUUGGGGAGGACUUCCUGACAAGCUUUGGACAUCUCCAACAACAGGCCACUCACACCAGGGAGAAGCCAAAGAAACUCGCCCAAUGCGGGUCCACUUUACCAAACAGAAGUCAUUACACCUGGGGAGAGUGCAAGAAAUCCUUCAGCCCCAAAGGCCCACUUAUUCAGGACCAGGGUGUCCACACUGGAAGUCAUUGUUUUGUGUGCCAUGAAUGUGGGAAAACGUUCAGGUACAAAUCCUCAUUUCUUGUGCACCAGAGAGUCCACACAGGAGAAAAGCUUCAUAUGUGUGGAGAAUGUGGCAAAUCUUUUAGGCAAAGUUCAACCCUUAAUCAACAUCGAAGAAUUCAUACUGGGACAACACCGUACAGAUGCAGCAAAUGUGGGAAAUCCUUAAGCCACCAAUCUGUCCUCAUUCAUCCCCAGAGAGGGCACAAUGGAGAAAAUAGCUAUGUGUGCAGUGAUUGUGCAAAAUCUUUUAGUGAUGGCUCAGUGUUCAUUCAACACAAGAGAGUUCAAAUUGGAGAGAGGCCUUAUAAAUGUAGUGACUGUGUGAAAUCUUUUACCUCUAGCUCUGCCCUCAGUUAUCAUAGGAGAUCUCACAAAGGAGAAAGGCCUUAUGAGUGCAGUGAUUGUGGGAAAUCUUUUUUCUCUAAGUCUGUCCUCUGUUAUCAUCAAAGAGUUCAUUCUGGAGAACGACCUCAUGAGUGCAGUGAAUGUGGGAAGUGUUUUAUCUUUAGCUCCCAACUCCGUUAUCAUCAGAGAGUUCACACUGUAGAAAGGCCUUUUGAGUGUAGUGAAUGUGGGAAAUCUUUUACCUGUACCUCCACCCUCCACUAUCAUCAGCGAGGUCACCUUGAAGAAACACCUUAUAAGUGUAGUGACUGUGCAAAAUCUUUUAUGUCUAGCUCUGCCCUCAGUUAUCAUCAGAGAUCUCACACAGGAGAAAGGCCUUAUGAGUGCGCUAAGUGUAGGAAGUUCUUAAAGGAUAGAAGCCAAUUCAAUCAACACCAGAGAGCUCACACUGGAGAAAGGCCUUAUGUGUGCACUGAAUGUGGAAAAUCUUUCAUUCAAAGAAAUUGCCUCAUUUCACACCAGAGAGUUCACACAGGGGAAAGACCUUACAAAUGCAAGGAAUGUAGAAAGUCUUUUACCUCUAGCUCCAGCCUUCGUUAUCAUCAGAGUACUCACACAGGAGAAAGACCUUAUGAGUGCAGUGAAUGUGGGAAAUCUUUUACGAUAAGUUCUGUCCUCCGUUAUCAUCAGAGGAUUCAUAGUGGAGAAAGGCCUUAUGAGUGCAAUGAAUGUGGGAAAUGUUUUAUCUUUAGCUCCCAACUGCAUUGUCAUCAGAGAGUUCACACUGGAGAAAAGCCUUACCAGUGUAAUGAAUGUGGGAAAUCUUUUAAGAAUAGAUGGAAGUCCAUUAUACACCAGAGGGUUCACACUGGAGAAAGGCCUUAUGUGUGCAGUGUAUGUGGGAAGUCCUUUACCCGAAGAAAUCUCCUCACUAUACACCUACGAGUUCAUUCUGGAGAAAGGCCUUAUGUAUGCAGUGUAUGUGGGAAAUCCUUUACGCAAAGAAAUCACCUCACUACACACCUAAGAGUUCAUUCUGGAGAAAGGCCUUAUGAGUGCAGUGAAUGUGGGAAAUCCUUUAUCCAAAGAAAGAACCUCAUUUUACAUCAGAGACUUCACACAGGAGAAAGGCCUUAUGAGUGUAGUGAAUGUGGGAAAUCUUUUAUCCAGAGAAAGAACCUCAUUUUACAUCAGAGAGGUCACACAGGAGAAAGGCCUUAUGAGUGCAGUGAAUGUGGGAAAUCUUUUACUUCUAGUUCAGGCUUUUAUUAUCAUCACAGAGUUCACACAGGAGAAAGGCCUUAUGAGUGCAAUGAAUGUGGGAAAUCUUUUACUUCUAGCUCAGGCCUGUAUUAUCAUUACAGAGUUCACUCAGGAGAAAGGCCUUAUGAGUGCAGUGAAUGUGGGAAAUGUUUUACAUCUAGCUCGGGUCUCCAUUAUCAUCAGAGAGUUCACACAGGAGAAAGACCUUAUGAGUGCAAUGAGUGUGGGAAGUCUUUUACCUCUAGCUCAGGUCUCCAUUAUCAUCAGAGAGUUCACACAGGAGAAAGGCCUUAUGAGUGCAAUGAAUGUGGGAAAUCUUUUACCUCUAGCUCGGGCCUCCGUUAUCAUCAGAGAGUUCACACAGGAGAAAGGCCUUAUGAAUGCCGUGAAUGUGGGAAAUCUUUUACUUCUAUCUCGGGCCUCUGUUAUCAUCACAGAGUUCACUCAGGAGGAGGGCCUUAUGAGUAAAACGUGGAAAAUCAUUUAUCACUAGUCCUAAACUCCAUUGUCGUCAGAUGACACAGAAAGGUCUUGUGGGAGCAGUAAAUGUGGAAAAUCUUUUAUGGGAAAAUCUACCCUUUCUCAAUGUGGAGGAGUUCACAUUAGAGAAACACGUAGAUGUGCAGGGGAUGUGCAAUUCCCUGGUUCGGAGUAAGGACACCAGAGGAAACUGAGAAGCCAUUUGUCUGAGUUGAAUUUCAUAUAUCUGAAUAUGCACAGUGGGGAGAUUCCCCAUAAGUUGUGGGAAGUGUGGUAUGUUGCAUUUUCCAAUCUGUUGAGGGUUCUUGCCACGUUUAUGUCACAGCCAAUUUCUGCACCAAAGCCAUUUCACCUCUACCAUCUGGCAGGUCCACACAGUGCAUCAGUCACCACCCCAGUGUGCUCAGGGAAGCUGACCUGUUUUCUCCUCUAUGUAAAUUAGGAAUAACCUGAGCCCUUAGGGAGGUCAGCUUUCCCUCCUCCUCCACUCCCUUGGGCAUGGACAUGUGUCACUGUUGUCUCAGACUAUCACGAGUUCGCCUGGCAGCUUUUCACAAAGAUGACAUUUCCCAGGACAUGUUGGUCUUACGUGAUACUUGUGAAGUUUUUCCAGCUUCCUAGUCACGAACUGGAGAACGGCCUGCUGCACAUUGCUUUGUCUUGUACAAUAAUGAAGGGCUUCCUGUUUAAGUUCUCUUAAUCUUGGGUGUUUUCUCACUGUGUGGGGUAGUUUACAAACUGUGUGGGCUCUACAAACAUGAAGGGGUGAACAACUUUUUAGGGGUCUCAAACUUUGUGUGCCUGAGGAUAGUGUGAUGGCAGAAAACAACUUGCCACUUUUGAGUAAAUUUCCAUUGCUCCCACAGCCUCCCAAGAAAGACUGCAGCGCUUUCUGGUCCUCAUUUGACCCCUGGAUGCUGUGGUUCAGGAAGCUCAGUGAUGACCCUGAGGAGAGGGUUGGUGUGAGAACCUCAAGUGCAUCUGAGGGCAGUGUGAAUUUUCCCUUCCUCACAGGAAGUCUCACAGGGGACGUCAGCACUGUGGAGGGGAUAUCUUCCCCAGAUCUACAAAGAGCCAUGUGGCCUGAUAUCCCCAGUUCCAUUGGGCAAGGGUCACUGGGUCCAAGGGAACCAUAAUUGGUAGAGAAACACUGGCUUAACGGAGUGGAGGAGACUGCAGCCAGCUAGAUGGAAUGUGCCUCUUCUGAAAGUGCAUCCAGAAAUGGUUCUGUGGCAGUGACUAUGCAGGAUCAGUUUGUACACAAAUCUGAUCACCACCAGGCAUGUUUAUUUUGUGUAGCUGAUGUCAUUGUCAUCAAAAAUAAAAGAUUUUGUGGAUUUCUGUAGCCUCCCAGUGCUGUUCACCUCAAGGCCAUUACUGCAUAGGCAGGAAAGAAGAAUGGGGAUCCACAGCCCAGGGAUGUGGCUCUUGUGAUCCAGGCAGCAUUCCUGUUGACUUGGGUGGAAAUGUCCUUCAUUGUUCCCCAUAUUUGUUGUCACUGAGGGAAGACUGACUCCCCAGAGGGCAUGAGGAGACAGGUGGUGGAGUCAAUAAACGGUUGCCAAACCUA